AAAAGCUUUAAAUCGUAGCAGGACAAAAAGAACCACCGUUAUUAAGCUUAAACAGGAACUAAAAGACACAGUGAAAUUAAACAAAACACUACAAAAAAGAAUUGACUCAAAAACAAACAUUUUAAAACGGAUCAGGCUUCAAAACACUCGUUUACAAGUACGUGUUGAGAGAAUGAAAAAUGAAAGUGAUCAGUUAAAAACAGAUCUGAAUAAUGCAAGAAAUCAUGUUAAUGCACUGGAAUCAGAACUUGUAGACUUAAACUUAAAACUGCAGGGUGUUUCUGCAGAUCUUGAUAAUUCUACAGCUGAGAAUGAAUGGUUAUCUGAAAUACUAAAUAGAGAUACAGAGGUUAUUUCAUUUUACGAUAAAGAAGAGGAAAAAACUCCUAUGAACUUAGAGAAUGUUUAUAUAGCCUACUUUCUUUAAAUGUCAGUGCAGGUAAAUGUGGUAAUGUAAUUAAUAGUGUUUUGAAAUUGGUAAACAAGAAAGUGGAUAAAUUACCAUCAAGGUCAAGUGUAAUAAAUAUGAACAUUGAACGUUUAGUACUGUCACAGAAACAAAUCAGUGAGGAACUGCCAGAAAAACGAAUCUGACCAUUUACACAGAUGAAACGACAAAGUUUGGGAAAAAGAAUUCCGGGUAUCAUGUUUCUGAUAGUGAUGGCAAUAUGUAUGUUAUAGGCAUGCGGGAGUUAUUGAGUAAGUCUGGACAAGACACUUUGUCGGCCCUACAACAGAUACUUGCUGAUAUUGAUGAUCAAGCUCUUCACUCAGAUAUUACAGCCAAAAAAUACUUUAUAACAUUACAGCAACGAUGAGUGAUAGAGCAUCAACAGAACACAAAUUUAAUACCCUCCUGCAAGAGCUUAGAGAAACGGUGCUACCAGAACUACAUGCAAAUUGGAAUACACUCUCUGAGGAAAAUCAAACAGCUGUUAGUCAACUAUUGAACUUCUUCUGCGGUCUACAUAGUUUAGUACAUUUUGCUGAAGUUAGCAACAGAGCUGUGUUGGAAGUGCAAAAAGGUUUUUUCGAAGAUUUGCCACCAAUAUAUGAUAAAAAGUUUUUGAAAAGUAGUGAAUCAGGAACCCUCAGACUUGUCAGGACUGCUUGUAAAGCUCUAGCAAGAGGAGGAGAUGAAAAAAGUGGUAAAUUUGCAGAAUUCAAAUUAUAUUCAAAAGACUUCUUGAAAGAAAAUGGACUUAUGUGCAUACCUUUGCAAGAUUUCCAUGGCAAUCGUUUUAAUGUUUUAUUUGAGUCAGCUGCGUCUUUGUUUUUUUUAAAGAAUACUGCAACUGAUUAUCUCAAAGGAAAUCUAUCCAAUAAUCUUCUUAAAGCUGUUUAUCAUGACAUCAACGUCCCAGAGUAUAUGGCCGGAUGUAAAGCCCUUGGACUGAUCUCUAGACUAGUAACUGGGCCUCUGUGGUGCCUUCUUGAAGACAGAAGUAUCCAUGUAUUAGAUAUGAAUAAACAUUAUCUUGAAUUAUGUACAUGUCUCUCUGAUGCCAAUAUCGAACAUUUUAUGAAUGGAUCAUUGAAUAUCUUUGGCGACGUGACAAUGGUAAAAAGAGAUAGUAUCUUAGUCAGCCUUAUUGAACCUUGGGAGCAUGACCCACUUGUUGAAGUUCACCUACAAAUAAUUCUUCCAGCACUGGCCGACCUGUGCAAAAAGUUGUUUUCUGAUCAUCUCCCUGGAGGAAAAUGGCAAAAUGUAACUGAACAAACAAGAGUGAAGUCAACAAGUACACAGAAACACAAUAAAUUUUCUGUCUGUCUUUGGUUUCCUUGAUAACUUGCUGAGAAGAAAACCCAAUAUUUCUGUUAUUGCAUCAGAGGCAUAUAUUAUGUACACGGCAAACAAGACAGAUCAGUGGCUCUCAUGUAAGAAUGAAAAUGAAAAAAUGAUACUGAUUGGAGCUGCAUCCAAAUGUGUGAAAACCGUCAAACAAAACUUCCAAACACGUAAAAAGGUUAUUGAAGAUAGACAAAGAGCAAAAAUGGAAUCAGCAAGGCUGCGAGCUGAGGAGCUUGAAAGGAAACGGAUAGAGAGAUUACAGCGAUACACAGAUAAAAUCUUAUAUUUUGGUUUAUGGCAAACUGAACAGUGUGUGAAUGACUCAAUGAAAGAGAUUUUGUCACAAAGUGAAAAGAAAGAGGCUCUCAAAGCACAGCUGAAUUUUAGGAAACAUGUUCUAAAGCAGGCUAUGAACAACGAAAAAGAUAUAUACCUUUUCUCUAAAGGUGGCAAACAGUAAUCUAUUGAAGAAAUGACUGUGAAUGUUAAGAAAUUAGUUCGUCACGCUUUUACAGUCCAACCUGAACCAGUACACAACACAGAUAAGGUUCCAAUACUGACAGGAAAAACAGUUAAACAUAAGUUUAUAAAUGGCCACGAAGAAAGUUGGUGGAAGGGAUCUGUCAUUUCCCAGGUUCCUGGAUACAGCAGUUGGUUUAACAUUGUGUAUGAAGGAGAUCCAGCUGUGUACACAUAUCAGCUACUUACAGACUUGGCUAAUGGAGAUUUGCAGAUAAUUGUCAACUGAAAA